AGCUCGAUUAGCUUCACUUGGCGGUUCCGGUGCCGCGUUGGCCGUUCGUUCCUCCUGGAGAUGCGGGUGACGAGCUCGGCUUUGACUCGUGGGGCGGCCGUCAUGGCUAAUGUGUAUUCCCUGGACGGGCUCUUGGUCUUCGGCUUGCUCUUCGUUUGCACCUGCGCCUACUUCCGGAAGGUGCCUCGCCUGAAAACAUGGCUCCUGUCCGAGAAGAGGGGCGUCUGGGGUGUAUUUUACAAAGCGGCAAUCAUUGGUACCAGACUUCAUUCAGCAGUGGCAAUAUCCUGUAUUGUCAUGGCUUUUUAUGUCCUCUUUAUAAAAUGAAUCCCAUUGCUUCAGAUGGACAACUGUUUAAAUGAAGACUAUUUUGCUUCAGAGGACUGUACCUCCUAGCAGAAUUCACAAGAACCUAUACAGAUGGCAAGGAGAAAUUCUUCUGUGGCUACGUCUUGCUUGAGACCAAGGGAAUGUUGUUUAGAUAGAACGUCUAAAAGAGUUUCAACAAAAAUCAAAAUGCUUUUUCCAGAGUUUGAUAUAACAUGGAAGUGGAAAGGUUACUCUAGUAUUUCUUUUGUCCCCAAAAUGUAGUAGCAUUGAAAGGCUGUAGAUUUUUUUCCUUUGAUUACUAUACUUUGAACCCAAACUCAUUGUAACAGGAAUAACUGAAGAUGAGAAACUAGCCAAUGAUAGAAAACAUUUCUGCAUUAUGGAAUUCUUGAAGAAUUGAAACAUGAAGGAAACAAAAUACAAUUUGGUGGCGUUCACUUAUCUUUUGCUAUAAUUAAUCUUGCCACCUCAUUUAAAUUGCUGAAUAUGGUUAAAAUGUCAUGUUAUUUUGUAGAACCCAGUUUGCAAGUAAGAAUUAAAAGAACUUAAAAUGUGAUAUGGUAUAGGAGAAAACAGUGAGGGCAUAUGCUGUUACAUAAGAUGUGAGAUGCUAACAUGUUUAAAUUACAUAUAAAGAUAACAUGUAUAUUUUGAGAUGUGUACAUACUUAAAAGAUUUGUUCUAGUCUUUAUUUUUAUUAUACUUUUAAAUUUUCCUCAUUCCACCCCUCCUCUUGAUAGUAACCUCCUAUCACUAUGUGCUUAAAGUGUAGGAGAUUCUCUUCUAAAAUAGGAGCAUUACUGUAAAAGAGCAUGUGUGACUUGUAUAUUUAAAGUUUAUAAUGUUGUAAGCAUCUGGCUGAUUGACAGAUAAUUUUAAGGUUAGCCCUAAACAAUUUUAAUCCAUUGUUUUUAUAUCAGUUCAACCUGAGAAAGCCAAGUUUCUUUUUCAACAUUGUACAUCUUGUCACAGUACUAAUUACAUAUUUAUAAAUCAGCAAGAACACUAAAGCCAUAAUUUGGCCUUUGGUAUUCCAGCAAUAUGUGUUUGAAUAAAUCUGCCUUUUUUGAUCUUCCCUGUAUUUCCUGUCUGAUA